AUGCUGCCGACGGGCGGCGGGCGGGUGGAGACGCGCCUGUCGCGGCGGCGGCUGGUGGUUCUGGCCGUCUUCAGCUGCUACUCGCUGGUCAACGCCUUCCAGUGGAUCCAGUACAGCAUCCUCAGCAACGUCUUCGCCGUCUUCUAUGGCGUCUCGUUCACGCAGAUCGACUGGCUCUCCAUGGUCUACAUGGUGGCCUACGUGCCGCUGAUCCUGCCGGCCACCUGGCUGCUGGAUGCCCGAGGUCUGCGUCUCACCGCCCUCCUGGGCUCGGGGCUCAACGCGCUGGGCGCCUGGCUCAAAUGCGGCAGCCUGGCCCCCCAGCGCUACCCCCUAACCCUGGCCGCACAGGCCGUCUGUGCCAUCGCCCAGGUCUUCAUCCUGGGGCUGCCGUCGCGCAUCGCCUCCGUCUGGUUCGGCCCCACCGAGGUCUCCACCGCCUGCGCCGUGGCUGUGCUGGGAAACCAGCUUGGCACUGCAAUUGGGUUUUUAUUGCCACCUGUUCUGGUUCCAAAUACACCUAAUGAUAUUGAUCUUAUGGCACAUAACAUCAGCAUCAUGUUCUAUGGAACAGCAAUAGUGUCCACACUUUUGUUCUUCUUAACAGGAGUUGUGUUUGAAGAAAAGCCCAAAUAUCCUCCUAGUCACUCUCAAGCAGUCCUGCAAACCAAACCUCCUGAGGAUUAUUCCUACAAGCAGUCCAUUACUAACUUGUUCAAAAAUACUCCAUUUCUACUUUUGCUGAUCAGUUAUGGUAUUAUGACUGGGACAUUUUAUUCUGUCUCCACGUUAUUAAACCAGAUGAUAGUAACUCAUUAUGAGGGAGAAGAAGUGAACGCUGGGAGAAUUGGCUUGACACUGGUGGUGGCAGGAAUGGUGGGUUCGAUUAUUUGUGGUUUGUGGCUGGAUUACACUAAAACAUACAAGCAAACUACUUUGAUUGUUUACAUUCUCUCUUUCAUUGGGUUGUUGGUAUUUACCUUCACCCUGGACCUCGGAUACCUUAUAGUAGUGUUCGUGACUGGAGGAGUACUUGGGUUCUUCAUGACUGGCUAUCUUCCACUUGGGUUUGAAUUUGCUGUGGAAAUUACAUACCCAGAGUCUGAAGGCACUUCCUCAGGUCUCCUUAAUGCAUCAGCACAGAUAUUUGGAAUUCUCUUUACACUUGUUCAAGGAAAACUCACAACAGACUACAGUCCUCGUGCAGGAAACCUCUUUCUUUGUGCUUGGAUUUUUGUGGGCAUUAUCUUAACAGCCUUAAUAAAAUCAGAUUUGCGAAGACACAAUGUGAAUUCAGGGAUUAUGAAUUUGGAUGUUAAAGCUGUACCAGUUGACAGUCCUGUAGAACCUGAAAGCACUACGUUAAAAAUUCAGUCAACUUUAUAAAGCUGAAGGAAGGUGACUUAGAAACGCACAAGUUUGGUUGGAUAUGGAACAGUAUGAACUAGUAUAAUCACUGGAUUUGUGUGUAUGAGUAGUAAAAUGUGUUUGUUGAUAUUGGUGGUAGAUGUGUGGUGGAAGCUAUGAAGAUGCUCAGUUCAUUUUGCCCACGAUGCAAACAAUUCAUCUUUGUAUGGAAUAUUUAUUUUAACGGUUUUCAAGUUUUGCAGUUUCACUAGUAAAGAACCGUGUGAACACUCUCCACACUAGGGAGACAUGUACGUUCAGGAUGCAUACUUGACAAAAUCUGGAAUCCUGAAGUACAAUUGUCAUGAUUGGAAGUAUCUAAUCUUCUCUUCUUGCUCAGUCUUUGCUGGUGCGUUUGAAAAGUCAGAGAGUAGGGAGCUGCACAGCAGGAGGAUGUUCACGAGUUCCUUUUUUAUUUUAAAUGUAUCUGUAUUUUAAUAUAAGCCAAUGAUUCCUUCUGGGAAACUGAUAGCACAAUACUGAAAACGAGAGAUGACGUGUAUGUUUCAUACUGGCAUCUGACAUUUCUUUUGCCUUGAAACUUCUUGAUAGGUAUCAGAAGGCAGAUAAGAGAGAACACUGUCUCAUACGUUCAUUGUAACAUUUUUGGGGAGGUUUAAAGAGUUUCCCACUAGAUAAAUUGAAGAAAAAACAUUUCUUAUUAAAUAUAGUAAAAAGGAGGAGAAAGGCCUUUGAUAUCUCUGUUGUGAAGUACAGGCAAUAAGGAACACUACCACAUAGAUUUCCUCCAUGGAAUAUUUUGAGUGCUUUCUCAGUUAAAGCGAGAAGAGUACGUGUUUACAAAGAGCUGGUGCCUUUACUUUGUAAAGAUCUUUGCCUCAUCUUGAGUUUAAUCAGUGCUGCUGAAGAAAUUCCAUUUUGUCUGUUAAACUUUCUCUGAAUAUAUGUGGAAUAUCAGAAAAUGUUUUCUAUCCUUUUUUUGCAUUUAUUUUUCUUUGUUAUGAAUUGUAUCACUUGUCUCGUGAAAUUUUUGUGCUUGUAUAACUUAAAUCAUGUCUUUUGCAGUUUGUUAAAAGCUGUAAGGAUGACUGAAAUGAAAAUAGUGAUAUUUUCA